AGAUCAGAGAUUUAUUGUAAACUCAAAGAGUGAAGACAAGCUCUCUAAGAAAGGAGUCACAAUCCUGGAGUGGGUAAUAGUGAAAGCGUAAAGACUGUUCUAAUAAAAGAUAGGUCAGCCUUUAUAAGAGAGCAGGUAUAGUUUUAACGCAGCCAAGUAAAUCAAAACAUGGAAAGUGGCAUUUUGGCAGCUGCAAAUACUACCCCUAUUGCGGGUCUUAAAUGCUCUCUAUUUCCAAAUAAUCAGUACCAAUGUGAUGUCAUCGUUGCCGUGAAAAGAGCCAUGGCAUCACUGUCAUUGGUUGGAUGUUUAUUUAUGAUAUGUGUGAUUGUACUCUUCAAGAAGUAUGCAGCAUUUGCACAGAGGUUGAUACUAUAUCUCAGUGUAGCAGCGUUCUUUGACAGUGUCGCCUAUCUUAUGGGUGAGCUACAUCCAGAUGGGCCGCUAUGUGACUUCCAGGCCUGGUGGUUGACAUACUUUGAUUGGAGUGUGCUAUUGUGGGUAUGCUGUAUUACAUUCAACCUCUACAUGAAUGCCAUUCGCUCAGUUAUAACAGAGAAAUAUGAAUGGGUGUACCAUGUAUUAUCAUGGGGGUUUCCACUAAUCAUGUCUUGCUUGCCAUUUAUAAAUGAUCACUAUGGACCUGCUGGAGCCUGGUGCUGGAUCAAAGGAGAUGACAAUGGAGUUAAGUGGAGAUUUGGAAUAUGGUAUGGACCAUUGUUCUUGAUUAUUGCUCUGUUGUUCUUUGUCUACAUAUACAUCAUCGUCAUGGUGAACCGUAGGGUUAAGACCUGGGAAGGGACAUAUGAUCCUGACACAGAGAGAAGUAAGCAACUUCUUAAAGAAGACAUCAAGCCCCUAAAAGGCUAUCCUUUUGUAUAUCUUGCAGUUUCACUAUUUCCACUAAUCGACAGAAUCCAGAAUGCUUUUAAUCCAGAGCCAGUAUUUGCCCUGAUGCUGUUACAUGUAAUCUCAUCUCCACUACAUGGUGCCUUAAAUGCAAUAGUGUUUGGAAUGGACAAAGAAACAAUGAGCAAAUUGACACCUUCUCAAAUAAAGGUGGCAGUGUUAAAUCGUACAGCGGGGGCUGCCCUUAUAAGGGAAUAUCCAACGGGAGCAUCAGGUAAUCACCCAACCGAAGCCGAACAAUGACAACUACUCGCUCCUGAUCAUGUGACCAUUAACGAAGAGGAUAUUUUAUUAAUAGAUUGAUCGAAAUAUAAUAUUGAAUUUAUUGUGUACGAGUAUAUAACAUUUGAUUAUAUACAUGGCUUUAACAUAUACACUCCCCUCCAUAAGUUUGGCAAUAAACAUAUACAUGUAUACUUCAAAAUUAGUGCCAGUAAGGACAACCAUUAGUUUUUAUUUAUGGACUUCGCCUUUA